CCGUCGUUGGAACAGGUAAAUAAUAUAUCACUCCACCCCAGGAAGGCAGCGUGAAACAGAAUUGCCACUCCGCGAGCAAAAACAUAGCAGCGAGACGGUGUAGGUGCGAGCGCCAGAGAGAGAGAGAGAGGAAAGAGAGCUUACAAUAUCGGAAAUGGCGAUAUCAGGAGAUCUGAGGGUCUCAGCGACACUGGCCUCUUACUCUAAACACCUUCUAUGCUCUUUGCCUCCCUCGAAUUCCAAGGUAGAGUUCCUAGGCUUCCUCAAUGGAGGAUGUGGCACUUCCCAAAACAUGCUCAAGUGGCCUGGCUUUAAAAUACACGGUCACUUUAAACGAUCUGCUGGGAUUGCUGAAGAUUACCAACUGUCCUCAACUGCAAUUAAUCAAGAAGCUGAAAGCCUGCUCCUAAGUGCCGUAAACAUGAGCUUCUUUGAGCGUUUAAACUUGGCUUGGAGGAUAAUAUUCCCUUCACCAACUCAAAGAAAGAGCUCAAAUGCAAGGAUUGCCAAACAGCGUCUGAAGAUGAUUCUCUUCUCUGACAGAUGUGCAGUUAGUGAUGAGGCAAAACGGAAAAUUGUGAACAACGUUGUGCAUGCUCUAUCAGAAUUCGUGGAGAUAGAAUCACAGGAUAAAGUUCAGCUGAGUGUCACAACUGAUACAGAUCUUGGGACGGUGUACUCUGUGACAGUGCCUGUACAUCGGGUGAAGCCAGGAUAUCAGGAAGAAGAAGAAAGUGGAUCAAUAACAAACAUCGAGUACAAAGAUACUGGAGAAACUUCUGCUUCUGUUGAUGUUCGGUUUGAUUUCUACAUCCCAGAUGAAAGAACACGAUGAAUUGUAAGCUUAAAUUUAAACAGAGGAGGGUUUGGCUAGUAUCAAAACUUUUAUCUUUUUCAUAUUUGGACCUUUAGCCACGAAGAUAAUCUCACUCCUAUGUAUAUGUGAAACUCCUGUUGAGUGGUUGAAGAUUUUUCUCUUUUUGAA